CUCAGUUACUGACCAUACCCCUUGUCCUCUACACUGUCUCCUCCUCUCGAAGCUUCACUCAGAUCUUUCUCAAUGGCAUCAAUUCGCCUCCGACACCCCAACGGCGUCGCCACCAUCCGCGCCGCUCUCGAUCGCGACGACUUCACCGUCCUCGACCUGCAGCAAGAGAUCUUCUCCGCGACGCAGAUUAUCCCGUCGCGUCAGAGGUUGAAAGCCGGUUACCCGCCGCGCGACCUGACGCUAAUCCCCGAACUGCCGGUAUCUAGUCUGGGGCUGGCAGCUGGAGAGCAAAUCAUCGUAAGCGAGACGCCCGGUGGAGGAGGAGGAUCUGCUCCGUUCCAAGCAUCGGCACCUCAAGCGACGCCUGCUGCACCUGCAGCGGCAACAAGGGCCAGUGCACCUUCAGCCGCAGUGAUGCCUCCAUCGUCAGAUGGGCCGGUGCACGUCGAGAUGCGUGACGGUAGCUUCUUCAUACACAGGGUCGUCCCAGAUGACAACUCGUGCAUGUUCUCCGCUAUUUCCCUGAUCUUCAAGCAGUCAAUAGCCCAUGCCCAAGAUAUCAGGAAGAUUGUCGCCGAGGGCAUCCGUGGCGAUCCCAUCACCUUCAAUGAAGCAAUCCUCGGGAUGGAACCCGACAAGUACAUCACCACCAUCACCAAGCCCUCAACCUGGGGAGGGGCGAUAGAGCUCACCGUCCUCGCUAAGCACUUUGGUGUCGAGAUCUCCAGUGUUGACGUCGAGACUGGUCGCGUCGACCACUUCGAGCCCGAGGGUGGCGCGGACACGCGCUGCGUACUAAUAUACUCGGGCAUUCACUACGACGCGGCGUCAGUCGCGCCUAUGAUUGACGCACCAAACGAGUGGCAUCAGACCGUGUUCCCCAUUCGCUCUUCCAACGACGCCUCGGAUGAAAUCAUCAUCGCCGCGAAGAAACUCGCCGACAUUUUGCGUUCCAAGCGCGCAUACACGAACACGGCGACCUUUGACCUCAAGUGCGAGAACUGCGGUCAAGGUCUGAAGGGGGAGAAGGACGCGCGCACACAUGCAGCGCAGACAGGGCAUACCAACUUCGGCGAGUACUGAGGGCGUCUCGUUGAGGCCAAUUCUCCUCCGAAAUACCCGAUGUCCCCCGCUAGCAUCAAUCAUCAGAGUUCGACGACUCCGUGUCGACCUCGUCUCCAUGAUCAAUGACUUGUUUGUAGUCGAGGACCAAGGCUUCCAGACGCGAUCACGUGCAGUGCAUGCGGAAGCAACGAGACAUUGUCAACCGUUGGACAGAUCAUCGCGCCCGUAAAGACCUCA